UCGUUGACGUCGCUGCUUGGAUGCGUAGAUAUACAAAUGAUUUUAUUUCCGUAGUUACAACUAGUGAAAGAACACUCGCGAUUAAACAUUAUUAUCAAAUAUUAAAUAAUGAAAAAAUGACCCAAGAGAUGGAGGAUUCAGAAGAUUUUGUUGAAUGUAUAAGCAAUUUCUUUGACGAUAAUCAGAUGAUUUUUAUACCAAAACUUUUAAAAGAAUUUCCUUUGAUCCGAG